AUGAUAUCCCUAUUUUCUAAGAUCAAUGACAUAAUCCAAGUCCUAAGAGGAGCCAACAACUCGUAUCUCACCACACCUGGCGCUGACUUACGGGGAAAAUGGGUGAUUGUCACUGGAUCUAACAGUGGUAUCGGCUUCGAAGCAGCAAAAUCCUUCGCAGAGUGGGGUGCGAAUCUGGUUUUGGCUUGUCGCACUCCACCAGCAUGGGAGUUGAAUCCAGAAGCCGCAGCGGAAGAAUGCAGAGCCAUUGCGAAGUCCAAGGGCCAUGAAUCGACAAUCGAAUGGUGGGAAAUUGAUAUGGCGGAUCUGAGCAGUGUCGAGAGCUUCUCCAGCAGAUGGCUGGUGAGCGGUCGACCGCUGGACAUACUCUGUAAUAAUGCCGGCCUACCCCCCGUCGGUGUCACUGACAUGAGCAAGGCUGGAAGCACCCCUAUGAGCAAGGAUGGCUUCCAGCUACUUCAUCAGGUCAACUUUCUAUCUCAUGUAUUAUUGACCCUUCGACUCCUUCCCUCCAUCGCCAAAAGUAAGGAGCCAAGAAUUGUCUGCACAAAUUCAUGCAUGCACCACGUUGGUGUCCUGGACCUUGACCACAUGAACGGUGAACCAAAGGCGAGAAGCAGUGACGACUAUACAAGCAAUAAACUGUAUUACCAGAUGUGGGUUACAGAGAUGCAAUCGCGACUCCUUAAGCACAAGGAACAUCUUCACAUCACCAUAAAUGGUGUCAAUCCCGGGUUUGUGGCUACAAACAUCGUAGCCUCCAUCAAGGACUCUGAUAUUAAAGCGAUAAGGCUGUUUAUGGAUUGGUUUGCUGUUACACCGCAACAGGGAGGUUUGGCAAUUAGCCAUGCUGCUACCAGUCCAACUUUUGGACCAGAUCCUAAGACACAGUUUGUUGGUGUGGAGGGUAGUCUCGGUGGAGGGAAAUACAUCAAUCGUAUCUGGAAUGCGCCGGCAAAGUCUUCCUGUAAAGACGUGGAGGCGAGAUCGAAAUUGUGGAUCAAAUUGAAUGAGGAGUUGCAUCUUCAAGAAAAGGGUCUGCUGGACGUGCUGGGUCUCUGA